UUCCGGAAUCUGUGCAGUACGUGUGUUCGUCUGGCGACGCUACCUGGGUUUGUGGCUCAAAUUGAAGCGCCGAAGUCCGUCACUCUCGUCCUCGUUUAAUACGCCUGGCAGCAGCCCCCGAAUUUGAUCACCCGCCACCUGGGUGUGUGCCCCAGUGGCCACGGCUGCUCUGGGGUCUGUUCUGGAAGAGGCCUGAGAGCGGUGUGGCCUGGGUCGUUGGGAGCCCCAUCCGUACUUCUCUCGUCAUGGUGAAGAAGAAUAGUAUCCCCUAUGGGUGGAGAACUGUGACACCAAUUGGACAUCCUCUACCUGGAACCCGAUUUAUUGCUUUUAAAGUUCCUUUAAAGGGUGCAGUUAAUCAGAGACUUACUCCAACCCAGAAGUUUACACCAAAAGACUUGGUUAGUGCAAUAAAAGCACUAAAUGUGGAGCUUGGAUUAAUUAUCGAUUUAACAUAUACCACAAGAUAUUAUGAAGUGAAGGACUUACCUAAAAGUGUUCAUUAUAAAAAACUUUACACUGUUGGACUUGAAGUCCCUGAUAAUACUACUAUUCUGCAGUUCAAAAAGUGCGUGAGAAAAUUCCUUUGGGAAAAUGCAGAAAAUGAUAAACUCAUUGGAGUUCAUUGCACUAAUGGAAUUAACAGAACAGGAUACCUUAUAUGUAGGUACCUUAUCGAUGUGGAAGGCUGGGAUCCAGAUGCAGCAAUUCAAGCUUUUGGUGAGGCCCGUGGUCAUCAAAUAGAUGGAUGUGUAUACUUAGCGGAUCUCAAAACGCAACCCAUGAGAAGUAAUCUUGGAAUGGAUAUCUGGGAUUCUGAUGAAGAUGUAAAUCCCCCACCUAAUUCUAUGGAAGAAUCCAGGGAUUGGCACCCAAAUGAAGACUUUCAUGGGUCUGGGAAAAGGUCAAGUCUUCUUAAUGACCAGCACCCUCGAGAUGAUGGUGUGCUGAUAAAAGAUUACGAUUAUGUCGACGAUGAACCCGUGCAGAGGCAUGGGGAUUUUUAUAAACACCCGUAUAGUGACAGCAUGCCAGAAGAGAGACGCCUGAGAGAUUGGGAUUUUGAUAACAAAGGGCCAGGACCAAGAUGUUCAUUUUUUGGUGACCACCAGUGUUAUGAUAUCUCCCAAGAGGAAAUAGAUUACAAGUUACCUGGAACAAGACGAAGAGCAUUUCAUGAUCACCAGCCUCACAGUGACUUCCAUGAAUCAGACGCUGGAGAUGAUUUUGAUUUUGUUAGCAAAGUUUGUAGAAAAAGGAGACAUUCUGUUCAGAAUCAUCAGGCCUAUGAUAAUUUUUGUGAACAAUUUCCAUCUCAAGAUUUUGAUUUUGUUAAUAGAAGUCAGGGACAAAAACAACGAUCUUUCCAUAACCGCCAUGAGUACCAGGACCAGUUGCCUAGACGAGGUUUUAAUUACCUCAGUAGAGGUGGUUUUCAAAGGCAAAAACCUUUCCAUCGUCCCUAUUCUCAUGAUGAAAUGAAUUUGGAAGAUUUUGAGUAUACUGAUGAAGUAUCAGAGCACACACUGGGACCUUUACAUGACCAUUCCAACAGUGAUUUCUCAGAGAAAAUGCCAUUGAAAAGAUGUGUUAAUAGAGAUUUUGAACAAAGACUACCAUCCUUUCCAAAGUUUCAAAAACAAAUGCAGUUAAGAGAUUUUGAUUUCAACAGUGGAACUGGACCAAAGAAAUAUGGCACUGAUAAUCACAGAAGCAGAAAUCAGAGACUGGUCCAUCCAGAAGAUAGUCGAAGAAUAAUACAUCCUUCAGAUGAAUUUAACUACAGGAGACAGAGCAGAUUCACAGCGUAUUCUUCACGGGGACUUUCAUCUUCAUGUGUAUUCCAAGAAGAUGGUUCAGUUGACUAUUAUAGAGGUAAAAAUUCAAGAGAUAGGGAACAGCACAAAAGGUCAUAUUUUUAAGCUACUGAUUACAGUUAUGGUAUGCCUAUAGCUUGCAGAGCUGAAGAGAACAUUAUGAUUUACCAUCAAGAAAAACGGCAAUUGGUGCUGAGUAGUUCGCUUUAAAAACUGCCCACCAUUUAUCUACAUUUUGACUAUAAAAUAUAAGUAUCAAAAUUGUCUUGUAUUAUUUUUGAAUCCAGAUUUUCCAAAGGUCUUUCAUCAGGCACGUUGGCCUGAAUAACAGGCAUCUCUGCCUUCACAAAAAAAGGCAACAGAACCUGAGAAAGUGAAAUUCAGAGCCGGGAUCUUAAAAGCUUGUUUAAGAAUAAUGUUAAACUCAUAUAUAAUAAAUAAUAGCAAGAAUGUUAUAGCAUCUGUAACUGUUUAAAAAAAAAAUACCCCUCGAGAAGGACAGAGGAUUGUUGUGUGUGUCCUUGUAGCUUUGAAUGUAUUUUUAGACCUGUGCUGUCCAAUUCGGUAGCUACUAGUCACGUGUGACUAUUGAGCACUUGAAAUGUAGCUAGUCCUGAUUAAGAUGUGCUGUAACAUCUCAUUCAUGAUUUUUAUAUUAACUACAUGUUGAAAUGUUAAUUUUUUAGAUAUAGUCACUUUAUGAAACUCUCCUUAGUUACUCCGUUUGAUUGUACCAUAUUUUUCUUACAGAGGUCUUGACUGAUACAAAAUUAAAAUGAAGUAUACUUUUUCAAAACUUAACAUUGUAUUAUUUCUUAUUAUGGUGAAGCUUUUAUAUUUCUUUCUUUCUCUCUCUCUCUCUCACACACACACACACCCUAAUUAAGUUGAAUUAUUUUGGUUUCCAUAUAUGGGAGAGCUUUCCCUUGACUUCACCUCCCCCUUGCCAUGCAUCCACCCAACUGGCAGUCCCCAGAUCCAGAGAUGGAGAGCCUGGGGCAAGGUCAGAGUCAUACAUCACCAUUCCAGCCUGUGCAACAGUUAACUCUUACAGCAAUCCUUAAAGGAAGGAGGUACAGGGCCUCUUCAUAUUUUCGUGACAAGGUCACAGCUGAAAAAUAUUCCAUGGAAUAAGCAAAUAGAGCCCACACUUGUAUGAUGGAUGGCAUCAACACUUUCAGAUCUGGUUCCUGGCAAGUGACAGUAAAAAGGCAUGCCACUCUACACUAAUGUAGCUCUCCUCACUAAAGUAAACCCUGGGACACUAAGAUAAGGCAUGGCUUUAAAACUCAAUAGCAUCUUUGUGGUACAAUUGCUUAGCAUAACUGAAAAGUUUGUGGUUUCUGCCAGCCAGGAAUGGUCUUGUUUCUAGCCAGUUUCUUGGUGAUAAAAAUAUUCUGGAAUUAGAUUGUGGUUAUGGUUGCACAACACUGUGAAUGCACUAAAUGCCACUGAAUUGUACAUGUUAAAGUGGUGAAUUUUAUGUUAUAUGUAUUUUACUACAAUAAAAACAAAACCCCAAUAAAUGCAGUGGAGGAUGCAUUUUCCCAAACCUGCGUUGUAACUAUAUUUUUCUUCCUGACAUGUAUACACCUACCAUGUAGUACGCCGUGAUAUCUGAGUGUCUAUAUGUACAUCAGCUUUUAAAAAAAAUCUCUGCUCUGGGCAUUCCACUCAGUAGCAUUUUGGUGUCACCUAGGACUAUGUGACUCAUCCAUAGCCCCAUCAUGAGUUGGACUAAGUACUGUAUUACUGCACAAGCACAUAAAUUCCUCGAGUCUUUGGCCCUCGCACAUAUUUGCCUAGUAUAGAGUAUUCUCCCAUGCAGAGAGCAGGCUGGAAAUGGGAUGUGUGUCUGCCCUCUCCAAAGGCAUUGUAUGGCUUUCUUAAUAAAUGGGAAACGAGAAAGUGUCU